UCUGUUAAAAUUUCUACGAUAUCAUUGUGAUCAUCUUGACUUCGUUGAAAGUGACAUGAAAUUGUGGAACAAGAAAAGAGAGAGUUGCUAGAUAUGCUAAAAGCAAUAGGAUUGUCAAUCGGAUAGAUUGGAAAAUUUAAUGUAGCAUGGAAAUUUUCCAGACGCACAGAGAUAAGAACAUUUACUAUAAAAACUCUACGAAAGAUCGCAUAUUCUCAUUUGUGUUUCGUAUAGUAAUCAGCUUGUUAUUCGAUAUGCGGGUAACGUGCCGAUGAAUUAAUCCGAGGACAAAAGUCACGUGUCCUAGAAAGUACGAAUAAGCAAGAAUGGACCCAAUUUAUUAUAAAUAGGGAAGUGAGAUAAAAUUAUGCGUAGUGAUUAAUUAUGCGCAUUCUGAUUUGAUACUUUCUCUAUAGAUGGAGAUGCUACCGCGGGGAAACUUUUAGGCUAAAGGUGUUUUUGAUCAUUUUCUUUAUAUCUUGCGUAAGGAGAAUACUUCUAAAGAAUAUUGAAUUGCAUUACUCGGUUUUCCUUUGUUGUAUCCCAAUAAUGGGUAACAACAAAGUCGAAAGCCGACCGAAAGGCGGCGCGCUUCGUCUCGAUGCAACGAUAUCGAAGCCACUUUGUAGUAACAAUACCGUUUCCGCUCUUCUCUGUUUUACCUGCGGUGCUUGCUUUAUCUUGAGUUUAAUUUGCACCUGUCUGGCAAUAUUAGUCGUUUUGCUAGAUCAGACUGUCGAGGCAACGAGCUACAGUCGACACGAUUCGAAUAGACCAGAGGCAUAUACAAUAAUGUUUGAUCCUGAUGAAAGCUUCAGAUUGCCAAAAGAAGUCGUACCUAUUCAUUAUGACCUCUACUUGCAUCCAAAACUUAAAGAAAGCACAUUUUCCGGAAAGGUGACCAUUCUCAUUGAUGUCAAGCAGGACAACAAUAGGACAUCUAUAGCUCUUCAUCAAAAAGAUCUCAACAUCACAUCAGUAAAAUUAAUAACGUAUGGACUAGAUGAAGAUUAUGAAAUUAAUAUUUCUUCCAUCAGCAAGCCUACUAAAUAUGAAAUUUUUAUGAUAACAACUGAAAACAAUAUUAAAUCCGGAUUAUAUAACUUGAGUCUGGAAUUUGAUGGAAGUCUCAAAGAUAAAAUAGUUGGAUUUUAUAACAGUAAAUAUCAGUAUAAGAGUGAUAAAAUUAAUGAAAUCAGGUACAUUGCAACUACCAAAUUCGAGCCAACUUAUGCUAGACAAGCUUUCCCGUGUUUCGAUGAACCCAAUUUUAAGGCAGAAUUUUCGAUAAAACUGGUUCAUCCUAUGAAUGAUUGCUAUAGUGCCUUAUCCAAUAUGGAUGUAAAAAGUACGCAACUACAUACACCGGAACGUGAUCUAGCAACAGUGACUUUCACAAAAACUGUGCCCAUGUCCACGUACCUAGCUUGUUUUAUUAUCAGUGACUUUGUUGGUACAAGUAGAAUGGCGAAUGGCUUAAAUGAUCGAAAAUUUCCGCUCACUGUCUAUACUACAAGACUACAGUCGAAGGAGAAAAGAGAUUUUGCUUUGGAUAUUGGCGUGAAAGCUGUCGAAUAUUACAUAAACUUAUUCAAAAUAGAUUAUCCAUUACCAAAACUCGAUUUAUUCUUAAAUGUAUAUGGCUAUGAUGACAGUAGUAACUCCAUUUAUGAUAAGCGCGAUGUCAUUAACGUAAUCUGUCACGAAUUGGCACACAUGUGGUUUGGAAAUCUAGUCACCAUGAAAUGGUGGAAUGAUUUAUGGCUCAACGAAGGUUUUGCUACAUUCAUGGCAUCUAAAUGUUCAGAUGCGAUUCUACCACAUCAAGGAUAUAUGGAGGAAUUUCCUGUUGAAGUAAUGCAGAAAGUUUUUGUUCCCGACUCAAAGUUGAGCUCUCAUCCUAUAAUUUAUAAUGUCCAAAAUGCAGAUGAUAUUACAUCAUUUUUUGAUGGAAUAUCUUAUAAAAAAGGAGCAUCUAUAAUCCGCAUGAUGGAAAACUUCUUUGGAUCUGAUGUCUUCUUCAGUGCAAUUAGUAUCUAUUUGAAUAAGUACGCUUAUGAGAAUGCAGAGACGGCGGAUCUCUUCGAAGUUUUGCAAGAUGCGGUUGGAAACAAAUUAAAUGUAACAGCUAUAAUGGAUACUUGGACACGACAAGAAGGUUUUCCGGUUGUUAACGUGAAAAAGUCUGGAAACAAUUAUACAUUAACUCAAAAACGAUUUUUGGAUGAUCAAGAUGCCAAAUCCGAUCCUUCAAAAUCAAGUUAUGGAUAUCGAUGGACCAUACCUAUUGUUUAUAUCACUAACAGAAACGAAGUACCUACUCUUGUAUGGUUUGACAAGGAUGCAAAUGAAGUGGUAAUCGAAGUCGACGAACGUACGAAGUGGUUUAAAUUAAAUGCUGGUCAAGUUGGCUUUUAUCGAGUUAAUUAUAACGAGGAAUGGGAAACACUCAAUGAGUUACUUCGGUCUCACCAUACGAGAAUAUCAAUGUUGGAUCGAGCGAAUCUUUUGGAUGAUCUAUUUAGUUUAGCUGAGGCCGGUGAGAUCGAAUACGAUACUGUGUUGAAUAUAACUAUGUAUCUCACCGAGGAGUACCAUUGUCUUCCAUGGGCGGUUGCAAAGUCGAAACUGAUGACGAUAUAUACUCUGUUAACUUCCUCGGCUGAUCCAUUUAUUUCAAGCACGUUUCAGUCUUUCGUCUGGAUAUUGGUAGACACAAUCUAUAAGGAUGUAACUUGGACCGUUGAUGAUGCAAUUGAAGAAGAUGUACCGCGUAUUGAUAAUAAAGUGCGACCGAUAGUAAUCGAAUUGGCCUGUGCAAUGGCUUUACCUGCAUGCUUAAAAAAAGCCUCAGAGCUUUUUAACGAAUGGCUGAUAGAAGAGAAGCCACAGCAUCCUGAUGUUCGCGAAUUAGUUUAUUACUAUGGUAUGCGCUACUAUUCGGAUGCGAUCGAAUGGAGUGUCAUGUUCGAAAGAUUUAAAAAUGAGACUGAUCCUGGCGAGAAGAAUAAAAUAAUGGCAGGAUUAACAGGGACACAAUCCAUUCGUGUUUUAAAGGAAUUUAUUAUCAUAGCAACUGAUGAAAGAUUUGUCCGCGCUCAAGAUUUUUUGAAAUGCUUGAUUAUGAUUUCCAAAAAUCCCGAUGGUACAUCAUUGGUGUGGGAUUGGGUACGCGAGAACUGGGAAUUCUUGGUAAACAGAUAUACGUUGAAUGAUCGAUAUCUCGGUGAUCUUAUACCAUCCAUUACAAGUUCAUUUGCCACACAAACGAAGCUGGACGAGAUAAAAGCUUUCUUUAAGAAAUAUCCUGAAGCCGGUGCUGGUGCGGACGGUCGAGCCAAAACUCUCGAGACAGUCUCGAAGAAUAUCAAAUGGCUUGCUAAAAAUACUAAAAAAUUCGAUAAAUGGUUCUCAGAAAACUGGCCAUUUAAGACUCGUUAAACAUACCAGCAAAAAGUAUACAAGAUAGAUGAAAAGGAAGAAAGACUUAAUACAUAGCGAUUUUUAACAGUUAUGCAUAAAGACAACUUUUUUAAUCUAUGCGUCAACUGCUAAAAAUCACUGAUAGCCUGAAGAUAAUUAAUAGUGGUUUUUGUAUGUUAAUAAGUUACUGUAAAGAAAAAGAAACUGUUACUAAUAAGAACAUUAAAAUUUUCUUGCGCAAGAAAAUUGUAUUCAAUACGCUGAAAUUAUAUUGCGUAUUAAAUUUGUUCUGUCAUGUAAUCAAUAAUUGUGGCAACAGUUAUUAGAUGCGCUAAAUAUGAAAGUGCAUAAAUACCAAAUACGCAUUUGUGCGAGGCAUAUGCCUUUUAUGUAACACAUUUAUAAAUCUUGAUACUGAAAUAUAUACAACUUUAUAAUAUAA